GCCUCGGAGUUUUUCACUGAGGCAGGGGUCAGCUGAAAGACAAAGAAAAAUGGCGAAUAGUUUGCUGGGGGGUGGGAGGACAGCUGUUCGGGUUUUCACUGGAGUGGACAUUCCAGACUCAGUUAUCGAAAUGUCCACAGAAGGAGGGUUUGGUGGUACUAGUAGCAGUGAUGCUCAGCAAAGCCUCCAGUCCUUCUGGCCUCGUGUUAUGGAAGAAAUCCGGAAUUUAACAGUGAAAGAUUUCCGAGUACAGGAACUCCCACUGGCUCGUAUUAAGAAGAUUAUGAAACUGGAUGAAGAUGUGAAGAUGAUCAGUGCAGAAGCCCCUGUGCUCUUUGCCAAGGCAGCCCAGAUUUUUAUCACAGAACUGACUCUUCGAGCCUGGAUCCAUACAGAGGAUAACAAGCGCCGCACCCUUCAGAGGAAUGAUAUCGCCAUGGCAAUUACAAAAUUUGAUCAGUUUGACUUUCUCAUCGAUAUUGUUCCAAGAGAUGAACUGAAACCUCCAAAGCGUCAGGAGGAGGUACGCCAGUCUGUGACUCCUGCCGAGCCUGUCCAGUACUACUUCACGCUGGCUCAGCAGCCCACUGCCGUCCAAGUCCAGGGGCAGCAGCAAGGCCAGCAGACCACAAGCUCCACGACCACCAUCCAGCCUGGGCAAAUCAUCAUUGCACAGCCUCAGCAGGGCCAGGUCUGUGAACUGCUGAGGGCAUCCACCCAGCAAGAUGAGAUUGCACUCAUACAAACUGUGGUCUGUUUAUCUCUGCCCCUGACCCAGGUGCAGCUGAAUGCUGGUCAACUGCAGUAUAUCCGCUUAGCCCAGCCUGUAUCAGGCACUCAAGUCGUGCAGGGACAGAUCCAAACACUUGCCACCAAUGCCCAACAGAUCACACAGACAGAGGUCCAGCAAGGACAACAGCAGUUCAGCCAGUUCACAGAUGGACAGCAGCUCUACCAGAUCCAGCAAGUCACCAUGCCUGCGGGCCAGGACCUCGCCCAGCCCAUGUUCAUCCAGUCAGCCAACCAGCCCUCGGAUGGGCAGGCCCCCCAGGUGACCGGCGACUGAGGGCCUGAGCUGGCAAGGCCAAGGAUACCCAACACAAUUUUUGCCAUACAGCCCCAGGCGAUGGGCGCAGCCUCCCUCCCCAGAGGACCCUGCCGACCUCAGCGCCUCCUGCAGGCUAGGACAUUGGUGCACUACACCCCACGCCUGUGGGCCGAGAUUUUCCAACAAAAAGAUGCAAUAUUUUUUAUUUCCUUUUUUUUCCACUUUUUUUCUCCAAGAAAUCAAUAUUUCAAUGUCAAGCUGUGUGUCCAAUGCUAUGAAAUGAGAAUAUUAAAUAACAUAUUUAUGGCAUUUUC